AUGGCGCGCAAACGAAAGCCCGACCUCUCCGACCCCGUCCUCCGCGCCAAGCUCGCGAAGGGCAUGGGCCACAACUACUACGGCGAGCCCGCGUGGCCCAACGACCUCCUCUACAUCUUCCCGGUCGUGAUCCUCGGUACCAUCGCGUGCUGCGUCGGCCUCGCGGUCAUGGAGCCCACCCAGCUCGGUGAGCCCGCCGACCCCUUCGCCACCCCCCUCGAGAUUCUCCCCGAGUGGUACUUCUUCCCCACCUUCAACGCGCUCCGCGUGAUCCCCAACAAGCUCCUCGGCGUGCUCUCCAUGGCCGCGGUGCCCGUCGGUCUCAUCACCGUGCCCUUCCUGGAGUCCAUCAACAAGUUCCAGAACCCCUUCCGCCGCCCCGUGGCCACCUCCGUCUUCCUCAUCGGCACCUUCUACGCCAUCUGGAUGGGCAUCGGCGCCACCAUGCCCAUCGACAAGGCCAUCUCCCUUGGCGUCUUCUAAAUUGCUUAUCCUUAGGCUAUUUCUUGGGCGGGGACGCGCUUGGGCGCCAGGCAUGGCGUGAGCGCGUUUUGUACGUGGGUGCGGUGAGCUUUGGUUCCGUUCGAUUAGCGUAGACGCUGGAAUGCUGAGCUCAAAUUGAUUUCUUUUU